GUCCGUCACCUGGGGACGGUCGAGGCCUCGCGGGCACGACGAGAAGCGCGCCCUAUUGCGCCGGCCGCCGACGCUCACGCUUCCACGCCGAGAAGUUCCCACCGCGUCAGGUUGCCGCUGUCGUCGUCGUUGCCGUGUCCAGUUCGCUGGUACCCAACAAGGUAUUCCUCCUAUUGGGAUUACGACCAUACUGUGAUUAGGACAUUGAACCAGAUCAUGGACUUUGAAAACCAUCUGAAGAGCUAGAUGUACACAUUAGAGAUACUGCUUCAGGUUCAGGUUGCAGGUUCAGGUUCUUGUCAUCAACAGUGAUAGGCUAGACUGAGCAAAGUUCAUCAUUUAGUCGGACCAUGGACCAAGAACAGAAAGGCGAAGUAUUCAGUGGAAAUGGCAAGUAUACUUACAAGCAUCAUUGGUACAAGGGAGUUGAUAUCCAUGAGAUUUUUGUUAAGAAGAGUAGAUCCCGUGUUCUGCUUUCGAACAGUGGCAUCGUUUUUCUCCUCUUAAUUGUCUGCCAAUCAUUGCUGGCAAAGAAGUUAUGCCUUGGUUCGGUGUGGAGUAUUAUCUUUGGAGUUCUGGUUGCCAAAUGUUUGCAGUACAAACCUGUUAUGAAAGAGUCCAUAGUGAUAAUGCCAUCUUUUGGGGUUCAGCUAGAAAUACAUCUUUGGAGUGGAAGAGUUGAUCGCCGUUUCAUACCCAUUGGCAAAAUUCUGAAGCCGUUGCUGAAUGAAUGUGUGACACCAGUGACAUGUUACUGGAGCUUGGCAUUGCUUCUGCGCGAUGAAGAUGAACUCAAGCUGGUUUUCCAGAAAUUCCGUCCUCCUGUCAAAAUGUUGGUUCCAAUCUGGAAAGCUCUUUGCACAUUCACAAAAUCUGAAUGACCAAGCCAUCCUUAUGUAAUAUCUAAACCGAACUGUUCAGAAGCGUGACUCGUUUGGCACUCCGGUGUGACGUUCAGAAAAGCAGCUGCAGCUGGGCUUAGAGGCUAAAAUCAGCUAGAGGUAGGUCGCACUAACGCAAGAUGCGCCCUGAUUAACUGUGGCCAUUCAUAGUUCUCAAAUGUGAAACAUUGUUUUCUUUCAUGUUGUAAAUUAUGCUCUCUCUCUGUCCACUACUGUCAGACAUGUGUGGUCAACAUGUUGAAACUUUGACCUCUAGUAUAGGCAAAACUAUAUAGAUCUAUGGAAAUAAUAGCUUGAUUCUUAUUUUUACAAAAAUAUGGGCUGGAUUUCGCUCA